CCAAUUUUAGACUUACUAGCUAAUUUAAAUGGAUCGGAGUGUUCUGACCAAUGUUAUGGGUUUAGGGUUUAAAGAUUCUCUCAUCUUCUUCGAUUACUCUGUCAAUCAAAUCCGCCAUUUUUGAUGCGGUUUUCUCCAACCUUCUUCUUACUCUCACAAUUGCGAUUGACUCGACGAAGAGCAGCCACCUCUUCGCGUUUCUACGCCGUCUCUGCUCUCAACAAUCCUAAUAAUCUCUCAGACUCUGAGCAGCAGCAGGUGAAUCAUCUUAAUCUCUCCAAGCUUACUCAACAUGGUCUUCAGCGACUCCUGAAUAGUACCAGAGAUGACCCAAAUCUCGCUUUGUCGUUUUUGCGACAGCUUAAGGAACAUGGUGUGUCCCCUAAUGUCAAUGCUUACGCAACUCUUGUCAGAAUUCUUACUACUUGGGGUUUGGACAUCAAGUUAGAUUCUGUUUUAGUUGAACUAAUUAAGAACGAGGAGCGUGGUUUCACUGUAAUGGAUUUGAUUGAAGUUAUUGGUGAACAAGCUGAGGAAAAGAAACGAUCAUUUGUUUUGAUUCGAGUCUCUGGUGCUUUGGUUAAAGCUUAUGUUAGUCUUGGUAUGUUCGACGAAGCUACCGAUGUUUUGUUUCAGAGUAAACGGUUGGAUUGUGUUGUCGAUAUAAAGGCGUGUAAUUUCUUGAUGAAUCGUAUGACUGAGUUUGGGAAAAUUGGUAUGCUGAUGACUUUGUUUAAGCAACUUAAGCAGUUAGGGUUGUGUGCAAAUGAGUACACGUAUGCUAUUGUGGUUAAGGCGUUGUGUAGGAAAGGUAAUUUAGAAGAAGCAGCUAUGUUGCUUAUCGAAAAUGAGAGUGUGUUUGGUUAUAAGACUUUCAUUAACGGACUUUGUGUUACUGGAGAGACAGAGAAAGCUGUUGCUUUGAUCUUAGAGCUGAUAGAUAGGAAAUAUCUGGCUGGUGAUGACCUCAGAGCUGUGCUUGGUAUGGUGGUUCGCGGUUUCUGUAAUGAGAUGAAAAUGAAAGCUGCUGAAAGUGUUAUUAUUGAAAUGGAGGAAAUUGGGUUUGGUCUUGAUGUUUAUGCUUGUUUAGCGGUGAUUGAUCGAUAUUGUAAGAACAUGAAUUUACCUGAAGCAUUGGGGUUUUUAGAUAAAAUGUUGGGAAAAGGAUUGAAAGUAAAUUGUGUGAUUGUUAGUUUGAUUCUUCAGUGUUAUUGUAAGAUGGACAUGUGUUUGGAAGCAUUAGAAAAGUUUAAAGAAUUUAGAGACAUGAACAUUUUCCUUGACAGAGUUUGUUACAAUGUCGCGUUUGAUGCGUUGAGCAAGCUGGGGAGAGUGGAAGAAGCUUUUGAGCUGCUACAAGAAAUGAAGGAUAGAGGAAUUGUUCCUGAUGUCAUCAACUACACAACUCUGAUAGAUGGCUAUUGCCUUCAAGGUAAAGUUGUUGAUGCCCUUGAUUUGAUUGACGAAAUGAUAGGAAAUGGUAUGUCGCCUGAUUUAAUCACAUACAACGUGCUUGUCAGUGGAUUGGCCAGAAAUGGUCAUGAGGAAGAGGUACUUGAAAUUUAUGAAAGAAUGAAAGCUGAAGGUCCAAAGCCCAAUGCUGUCACUAACAGUGUGAUCAUUGAAGGCUUGUGUUUUGCACGUAAAGUAAAAGAAGCCGAAGAUUUCUUCAGUAGUUUAGAGCAAAAAUGUCCAGAAAAUAAAGCCAGUUUUGUGAAAGGUUACUGUGAAGCUGGCCUUUCUAAAAAGGCAUAUAAAGCAUUCGUUAGAUUGGAAUACCCUCUGCGCAAAAGUGUGUACAUCAAACUAUUCUUUAGUCUCUGCAUCGAGGGUUAUCUCGAGAAAGCUCAUGACGUACUGAAGAAAAUGUCAGCUUAUCGAGUUGAACCUGGGAGGAGCAUGUGUGGCAAAAUGAUUGGGGCAUUUUGUAAGUUAAAUAAUGUGAGAGAGGCCCAAGUGUUAUUUGACACGAUGGUUGAGAGAGGACUCAUCCCUGAUCUGUUUACUUAUACAAUCAUGAUUCACACCUACUGUAGGCUAAAUGAGUUACAGAAAGCCGAGUCUCUUUUUGAGGACAUGAAGCAGAGAGGAAUCAAACCUGAUGUGGUAACAUACACAGUUUUGCUUGAUAGGUAUCUGAAGUUGGAUCCAGAGCAUCAUGAAACAUGUUCUGUUCAAGGAGAAGUGGGAAAAAGAAAAGCUUCAGAAGUUUUGAGAGAAUUUUCAGCUGCUGGUAUUGGACUAGAUGUUGUAUGCUAUACAGUUUUGAUAGAUCGUCAGUGCAAGAUGAACAAUUUAGAACAAGCCGCUGAACUUUUUGAUCGAAUGAUAGACAGCGGGUUGGAGCCUGAUAUGGUGGCAUACACAACUCUAAUAUCCAGUUAUUUUCGCAAAGGAUACAUAGACAUGGCAGUCACACUUGUUACCGAACUGUCAAAAAAGUAUAAUAUACCGAGUGAAAGUUUUGAGGCUGCAGUUAAAAGUGCUGCUUUGAAGGCAAAGAGAUUUCAAUAUGGGGAAUGAAGGGUUAUAAUGAGUGUAAAUCUUGAACGUCAAGUGUGACUUUGGUGAUCUCUAUCAUACAUGGUCUAUGCAUCAGAUCUGGAGGUAAAAGGUAGAAUUCAGCACAUUGAGAAGAAUCUUUGGAUCUGCAUCUGCGUGAAGGAGUGAUUUUUGAAGAAUGUUUAUGAAAAUGCGCUUCUUACCUGACUUUACUCUGGUAAGAGUUGUUUCUUCUCCCAACAGUGGCCAAAGCACAAACUCCAAGUGGAUGCAGUUCGUUGAGAAUGUGAAGGAUCAAGUCAACAAUGCUUAUUCUGGUUAGUUCAAAUGCUGCUUUUAUCUAUUAUAAUCAAGUUUAUCGACCAGAUGGUUUCUAUCAUAGGAGUGAUUGUAUAUUCAAUGCCAUAACCAAACCAAAGGACAUAUCCGUAAUCCUGAAGCAUGAGUAAUCACCAAGUACUAAUAACUAUGCAUAACCUCCCAAAAUGGUCUCGAUUUUUCACUGUCACGUAUACUGCAAUAAAAAGAAUAUUAAUGUGGAAGAUCAGUUUCUGCUUGUGAGUACAAUAAAGGCAUUCCGAGUUUGUGAAUGCUGCAACCUGAGUCAUGGAUCAAAGACUUGAUUUGGUGAUGAAGGACCAGGCAAAAAACCCUAGGCCUGGAAAGGAAAAGCUAUGUCCUCCAAAUGGUCAUUUAUGAGCUCUGUUUGUCAGGACGAGAUUGCUGAUUUUGAUAUGUGAACUCAAAGAUGAGACUUGUGUUUGCUAAAUCUACAGAAGGGGAAUGAAGAUGUCGCGCUGUUGAAAGAGAUUGAAAGACAGAGAGAGAGGCUGCGCGCAGAAUUCCUGCAUAAAUAUUAACUGGCAGCUGUCUGAUUAUCAGCUAUCUAAAUUCUAAACAAUGGUUAUAGGACGACGAUACAUCAUUCAUGGUCUCCUUGUCGUUUGAUGUCUUUGUGACUUUUAGCUCCAAUAAAUUUCAAUUACUCUGUUUGUAAUGCCUGUGAUGAUAUAAUAAUACGACUUGUG